AACAUCUUGUCUUUCUCUUCUUUGAGCCCACUGCUCACGCACAGGUCGCACAUCUCGCCAUCUGAAGCCCAUAGCCAUGCGGCUGCUCGGAUUCGUUAGCCUCGUUGGGAGCAUUGUCGGCGCUACCUCCACCGCGCUUUCGGCCAACUCAUCCGAAUCCGACCCGCUGCAAGGACUGUACGCCCUUGUUCAACGCAGGAUACCGAGUCAUGCGCACUCGUUCACCUUCUCGUUCACCAACUCAAGCGACUCGGAAUUGGACACGUUCACCCUCACCGAUGCAGUGAACAAGACGAGGGCGAUUCAUGUAGAGUGUAACACGGUCAGCGCGUGCUCGCGAGGGUUAUAUACCUACCUCACUGAGUAUGGCGGCGUCGAUAUCUGGUGGACCGGUUCACGUCUCGAUCAACUCCCUGCACCCCUUCCUGCCGUCAAAACCGCCGUCACACGCUCUGCAAUCGUCCCCUAUCGCUACAUGUUCAAUACUGUCACCUUUGACUAUACGUCCGCGUUCUGGACGUUCGACGACUGGGAGCUUAUGCUCGACUGGCUCUCACUACGCGGCGUCAACCUCCCGCUCGCGUGGGUCGGCUUCGAGCACACCCUCGUCGAGGUCUUCCGGGAGUACAAUAUCACCGACGCGGACAUCUCAGGCUUUCUCUCGGGCCCCGCCUUCCAGGCGUGGAACAGGUUCGGCAAUAUCCAGGGCAGCUGGGGCGGUGACCUCCCGACGCAGUGGAUCGAUGACCAGUUCGUCCUGGGCAAACAGAUCGUGCAACGCAUGGUCGACCUCGGCAUGACUCCCGUGCUUCCGGCGUUCACGGGCUUCGUCCCGCCUGCGAUGCAUAACCUCUAUCCGAACGCGUCGAUCGUCAAUGGCAGCGCGUGGAACGACUUCGCGCCCCAGUUCACGAAUGACUCGUUCCUCGAGCCGUUCGACCCACUCUUCGCGCAGGUGCAGCAAUCGUUCAUUAGCAAGCAACAGGCCGCAUUUGGGAACGUGUCGCACAUCUACACGCUUGACCAGUACAACGAGAACGAUCCGUACAGCGGCGACCCUUCCUACCUCACCAACAUUUCCGCCGCGACAUUUUCGAGUCUGCGUGCGGCCGACCCGGACGCAACGUGGCUCAUGCAAGGCUGGCUGUUCUUCAGCUCGGCCGACUUCUGGACGCCCGAGCGCGUCGAGGCCUACCUCGCCGGCGUUCCCGGGGAUGACGAUGGGAGUGGCAUGCUUAUCCUCGAUCUGUACAGCGAAGCGCAGCCACAAUGGCAGCGCCUGAGCUCGUACUUCGGCAAGCGCUGGAUCUGGUGCGAGCUACACGACUAUGGUGGCAACAUGGGCUUCGAGGGCAACUUCGCGAACGUGACGGAGGCGCCGCUCGCUGCUCUUGCAUCGCCCAAUGUCUCGAUGGUCGGCGUGGGGCUUACUCCCGAGGGUAUGGAGGGCAACGAGAUCAUCUACGACGUUCUCCUCGACCAGGCGUGGUCGUCGUCCCCGAUCAACAAGACCGAGUACGCGCAAGCGUGGGCGACACGUCGCUAUCCCGCCGACGAGCUCCCCGAGUGUGCUAUCGAAGCGUGGCAGACGCUCGCGGCGACAGUGUACAGCAACACGGACCCCGGCUCGCAGGCCACCGUCAAGAGCAUUCUCGAACUCGAGCCAGCGCUAUCGGGCCUCGUCAACGUCACCGGCCAUCACCCUACCCACGUUUUCUAUGACACCAAUACAACUAUCGUGCCCGCUCUCCAACAGCUCGUUCAGGCAGGGCACUCGACGCCUUCGCUUCUCGCCAUCCCGGAGUAUCGCUACGACCUCGUCGACCUCACCCGUCAGCUGCUCGUCAACCGAUUCAUUGACUUGUACGCGGAUCUUCUCGCCGUGUACAAUACCACCUCCGCCUCGUCCGCCUCUGUGUCUGCCGCCGGACAGCCUAUGCUCGAGCUCGUCGCCGACCUGGACAAGGUUCUCAUGACGAACGAGAACUUCCAGCUGUCCCGUUGGACCGAUGCUGCUCGCAGCUGGGCCAACGGCAACGCGUCGUACGCGGCAUAUCUCGAGUACAAUGCCCGCAACCAGAUCACGCUCUGGGGCCCCAAGGGCGAGAUCAAUGACUACGCGUCGAAGCAGUGGGGUGGGCUCGUCGGUGAUUAUUACGGUAAGCGUUGGGCAAUGUUCAUUCAAUAUCUCGAAGGCAGCAAGAGUAAUGGCACGGUGUAUAACGCGACUGCCAUUGCUGGCGCAUUACUCGACAUUGGUGAACAGUGGAGUCAGAGCACGUCAGCUGUGGGUGCUCGUGACACGAUGGUGGUGGGGGAUACCUGGUUGGUGGUGCAGGAAAUGGCUGGAAAAUGGGCUUGAUAUGUAUCUAGUGGUGCCGUCGACUUUAUUGCCUCGCUUAGAACUACAUUACAUUGUCUAUACCCAUAUUUUGAUAUAUUAUUGAAAGUCGG